AUGGAGCUUAGUGUACAACACCUUUGCAGUCCUUCUCGCUGCGGGUGCAUUUGUCAAUGCAAGAAUUCCUCCACAGUUUGCGGGACUAGGAGAGUUGGUGAGUGUGUUGCCAGUCAUUGCUGCUGCGUUGCUUCUACGCUGGCCGAAGACCUAAGAGCAGACAAAAAAAUUGGUCCGAACUCUUGUAGUCAGAUUGCCGCCGAUAAAGAGCUACUACACCUUGCCCACCUUUCCGUCAAAGAUUACCUUCUAGGCGAGAAACAUUUCGAUAUUAGGACAGCCAGCAUUUCAAUUACAAGGACGUGUCUAACUUAUCUUACGGGCAUCAGCGGUAGCCAUAGAGAGCUCCAGCAGGAUUUUCCAAUGGCAAGAUACGCGACGGAAGUUUGGACAGGCCAUGCUGCGUUGGCGCAAGCUUCCGAAGAUAUACUGCAAAUGACAGUCAGCUUUCUAGAAAAUGAAUCGACCUUCUUACGAUGGGCCCGUUUAUAUCAGGCUGAUAGGAGUUGGGCAACUGACCCUGGUCCUCCACGAGGUUCUAGACUCUAUUAUGCUUGCUUUGCAGGGCUCGUGGGGACUGCACGAGAUCUUAUCGACAGUGGCGAGGACGUCAAUGCCCAAGGCGGCGAAUAUGGCAAUGCUCUCCAGGCCGCCUCAACAAAAGGACAUCAAGAGAUUGUUCAACUACUCUUGGAUAAGGGAGCAGAUAUCCACGCGCAGGGUGGCGAUAUGGGAAUGCUCUACAGGCAGCGUCAGCAGAAGGCCAUCAAGAAAUUGUUAGACUACUCUUAG